CCAAGUGAAAAGUAAGAGUCUUUCAUGGGAUUACUGGGCUAGUCCCGGUGCGAGAAUUCAGAGCAUCAAUGGCGUAUGGACUCUCUCUUCAUGUCUUUCUGUCUGCACAGACGCAGACGCAGACACCUUCCUCCAAGCCUUUGAAGCUGACUAGGAGAGCCAACAAGCCUAACACAGCCCUUUCUACAAGUAAAAAAGGUAAAUUUUCUGUUUGAUCCCCAGGAAAUGCAGUAGCAAGAAAGUUUCUUAGAAUCCAGCAAAAAUUCCAUCAGGCAAACGUUCUUCUAUCAAAAGAAUCCAAAAGCUACAAUUGCAAGUCUUGUGCUUUAGAUAUUGAUAAUGAAGUUGUAGCUGCUGCGGGACACUGCAUUAUCAUUGUUACAUUUUUAUUCUCAGCAAGCAUUAUUAUAGUUGCAUGAAUGUCUCCUCGGCCCCUUGCCUAAAACCCAGAAGUUGAAUUUGGAGGUUUCACCUCAUAGAGCAGUAUCUGCUGUGAGGUUGAUGAGAAUUGAGCUGGGUGGUGCAUUUGCUGACCUUUUGAAUGAGAAAGGAAAGGGUUCCGGUGGUAAUGAGAUGGCAUAUGUAGAAAGAUCUCUGGGGUUUCGCACUCAUGAUUUGGAUGAUCGAGAUCUUAGACUGGUUACAGACAUUGUUGGUGGUACAAUUCGCUGGAGGAGAUAUCUUGAUUACUUGAUUUGUUCACUCUUCCAUGAUGAAAGCAUGUUUAGAAGCAUGGAACCACUUCUCCUACAGAUUCUCCGAAUAGGUUGCUAUGAGAUUGUCAAGCUUGAUAUGCCGCCAUAUGCUGUUGUAGAUGAGAAUGUAAGACUAGCAAAGGUUGCCCUUCGACAUGGUGCUGGUAACAUGGUCAAUGCAAUCCUCCGGAAACUGGUGUCGCUGAAGGAUAGGAACUCCCUUCCUCUUCCCAACAUGGAAGGCAAUGAUCGUGCGCAAGCACGUGCUCUUGCUACUAUUUAUUCUCAUCCGGUUUGGAUGGUUAGGCGAUGGAUAAAAUACCUUGGCCAAGAAAGAGCAAUUAGAUUGAUGGUCUGGAACAACAGUGAUCCAAGUUUCAGCUUGAGGGCAAACUGUGCGAAAGGAAUUACAAGAGCUGACCUUGUGACACAGCUUAAUGUAUUGAAGGUUCCACAUGAGGUUUCUCUGCAUUUGGAUGAUUUUGUACGUGUAAAGACUGGCUUGCAAGCUGUCAUACAAGCUGGAUUUUUGAAAGAAGGUCUCUGUUCUGUCCAGGAUGAGAGUGCUGGACUAGUAGUUUCUGUUGUGGAUCCUCAACCUGGUGAGAACAUUGUUGAUUGCUGUGCUGCUCCUGGUGGGAAGACACUUUAUAUGGCAUCUCAUUUGAAAGGCCAAGGUAUGGUUUAUGCAAUUGACAUAAACAAAGGUCGUCUGAGAAUCCUUAAUGAGACAGCCAAGCGGCAAAAUGUUGAUGGUGUCAUUACCACCAUUCAUAAUGACCUCCGUGCUUUUGUUGACAAGAAAUUAUUGAAAUCUGAUAAAGUUCUAUUGGAUGCUCCAUGUUCUGGACUCGGUGUCCUCUCCAAGAGAGCAGAUUUGCGCUGGAAUAAGAGAUUGGAAGAUUUGGAGCAACUUAAGAAUUUACAGGAUGAGCUUCUUGAUGCAGCAUCCAUAUUGGUGAAGCCUGGUGGAGUGUUAGUAUACAGUACCUGCUCAAUAGAUCCUGAAGAGAAUGAAGAGAGGGUGCAAGCAUUUCUUCUCAGGCAUCCUGAUUUCAGUGUAGAUCCAGUAGACAAGUAUGUACCAGCUGAUUUUGUUACAGAACAUGGUUUCUACUUCUCUGACCCAGUAGAAAAUUCACUUGAUGGGGCCUUUGCUGCUCGUCUAGUUCGGGGAUCAUAAAUAAAGCAUCAUUGAAUUUGAGCCACUGCCAUGAAGAGUUCACACCAUUACAACAACUCUAACUCAAUCAUGAGUUGAAUUCUAAUUAGAAAAAAAGGAUGCGUAUCCAUCAACUGGCUCUGACUGGGCUUAAGUCAAGAAAAUUAGCAAGGAUGGUUUGUUUCACUGAAAAUUCCCUAAGAGGGUACAAUGCUCGAGUCAGAACUGGGCGCAUGUAACUAAAAAGGCCUUGGCCUUGUGGGGAUGACAUUGGCUUGUGAGUUAAGGUGUUCUUCUCUUUGCCUAUAUGCUAAUUAGGCAUGCAUACCGUGUUGUGUAGCAUUGGCAGAGAGUAUCCACAUUCUAUACGAAAGAUUCUUGACUGAUAAGAUCAUUGAUUCACUUUUUGCCUAUGAAAUUAAACAUAUUAGAACUUUUAAAUGCUAAUCUGAAAUUUUUUUUCCUUUGACAGCAAUCUGUAUGAAACUGAUAUCGUUUCUUGUACCAAUCCUAGAAUGAUAGAAGAUACUUAUAAUGUAGAUUUGUUGAUUUGAUGGCAUUUCUAUUCCUAAGCAAUCUUCUGUACAUGAGAAGAAUAUGUUUAUACUUGUGAUGGUAAUCUGUGGAUGUUUUUUAAUUACAAAAUGUUUGUAUUUUGUAUGAAAAGAUUAAGAAAUCUUUGAAGGUGGUUUUUGAUCUUGUGGUUUUAUUCAUUCUCCUAAAAAAAAAGUGUGAUGUUUCUGAUCAAAUUGGAAGAGAUCGAAGUUUUCAUCUUUGAUGUAUUAAACCCAGAACUUAAAGCUCUCUCUUUUUCACCUCUUCCCUAAUAUUUUAGGGUUCUAAGGAUUAUGAUUCCCUAGUGGGGUGAUUUUGAUUUCCAAGUCGGUUUGUUUUUGCAGGCAAGUUUUGGAUAUUUCU